AUGGCGCUUUAUAAUGCACUACUUGGAUCCCUCAACUGUUUUGCCGGUGGGGUAUUCUUAGGAGUGGCUUUCUUGCAUUUGAUCCCAGAGGCUAGGGCCGAAAUGGACGAAGUAAUGACUGAAGCUAAUAUUCACACCCAUUAUCCUCUAACGGAACUGGCGGUGGUAAUAGGACUCUUUCUUGUGUUGAUUUUUGAAAUGGUUCUGAUGUUGUGUAUAGGCCGUGGUGGCUACUUACUUCGACAUCUUCAUGGGCAUUCUCACCACGAUGCAGACGUGCCGACAGACGUGGGGAAAGUGCAUUUAACAGGCACAAACCAUGGAGAGGAAAAAACAAACGGACAGCCGGGCGGGCCCUCGCUUUCAAGUAACCCAGAAGAUAACAGUAGUGGGACGCUUUCUGACCCCAAUGUUCUCGACUGCACAGACCGCACGGAGCUACUAGCAGCCAAGACAGGGGCAGUUUCCAAAAUACGUAUUCUUCUACUGUAUUUUGCUCUUUCAUCACACGCGGUCUUCGAGGGGCUUGCUCUGGGGUUACAGGACGAUAGCGUCCAUGUAUGGACUUUAUUUGGUGCCAUGAUGGUCCACGAAAUUAUCAUUACAUUCACCCUUAGUAUGAAACUUGUGGAAACUUUUAGCUUAAAACCUUUCCUGAUUUUCAUAUUUUGCUUUUCGGCCAUUUCUCCCAUAGGAAUUGGAAUCGGGAUAAUUAUAACUGAUGUUGGACAGAACACCUUGGCAACGGGUCUAACAACAAGUAUUCUGGAGAGUCUAGCCACUGGUACAUUUCUGUAUGUAACAUUUUUCGAAAUUCUGAAGAGAGAGCUUGAAAAUGGCACACCAACACAGGGAUUGAGAAAAACAUUUUUCAUCGUUCUGGGGUUUGCUGUAAUGGGAGCUCUUGCAAUCUUCGAACAGCACGAUCACUAG